AUGUGUCAAGUUACCUGUCGCAAACUGAUCAUACCUGACUCUAUUUCCCUCCUUACAACAACCACAUCCGAUACUCUCCUCCCCAACGGCUGCGUGGCUCAAUCCAGAGAAGAAACCACCGUUAAAAAACUUCCCGAGUCAAACCCGACUCCCUCCAUCCAGAGACACUUCCUCCCCCUUAAACCAACCACCAACACCGCCAAAAUGACCAUCCCAAUCAGCACAAUAACCACCUUCCGCACGGCGUACAACCCCUUCUCCCGCGCCUCAAGACCCUGCCGCCUCUUCCUAGGCAUGCUGCGCACACCAAGCACAAUCCCAACAAGCAGUCCCACCCAUAUCGAUAUCCAGGUCAAGCAAUUGCCGCGUGAGUCGACGCAGAGCCCGACUAUGACUAUCGGCUUUAAGGGUGGGAAGGAGCUUACACUUGAUGUUGGUAAGCGGGGGUUGAAGAUUGGAGAUGUCAUUGAGGAGGUUUCUCGUGUUGGUCGUGCUUUGCAGCGUGAAGCUAGUCUAAAGGGGUGA